AUGACCAUGUUUUUUGUGGACAACGUGUUCAGCCAGGAGACAAAAGACUGUGUGAAAGCGAACGGAGUGGGGUAUAGAGGGAAGCAACACAGCACCUCCUCGGGUCUGACUUGUUUGAACUGGAUCAACAUAACCAGAGACUAUGAUGUUACAGACCAUCCAGAUUCACAAACUGGUGUUGGAGAUCACAAUUACUGUCGAAAUCCAGACGCUGCUGAGAGGCCUUGGUGCUACAUUGAUGGGACUGAGGGAACAACUCAAAGGGGUUUCUGCGAAAUAGAGCCAUGUCUAGACCCGAGUUCAGCGGUGCCACCAGGGGCUGGGGGCCCUCGCUCCGCACAAACCACACCUUCCACUAACAGAAGCGCUGCUGAAGGGCCCUCGGUCCUGGGAGUCAGCCAGAGAGUGCGGAAAGGCCCCCAAAAGAAGAAGGAUCUGGGCACUACUGGUUAUGUGCUUGGAAUCCUGAUGAUUACUAUAAUAAUUAUCCUUGGUGCAGGCAUCACUGUGGGCUACUUCUACAAAAGGGGUCGAGACCUGAAGAAGCAGCAUGAGCAGCGAGUGUAUGAUCGUCAGAUGCAAAGGAUCAACCUCCCUCUCUCUGCCUUCUCCAACCCGGCCUGUGAGCUCGUGGAUGAAAACACUAUAGUUAUUACUGCUGAGCAAGAGCCCGCCCCAGUCCAGGAGGCUGUGGAGGGGGGAGAUCCACUCAUGGGCUCAGCUGGGACCCCUGGAGCGUGA